AUGUCCUUCCAACCCCAAGAAGAUCUCCCGCCCGCCAACAGCAACAGCAACACCGCCCUCUUCCACCAACUCGACAGCUACCCCUGGUCCUCGGACCCGGAAUUCCAAGGCGGCCUCUCCGCCAUCCUCGGCUCCGUCCAGGACCCGCAACAAAUCGCCCACUUGACCCUGCGCGCGAAAUGCUACUACUACGCGCGGAAGGCGGGCACCGCGGUGGACUUUGACGGGUACAAAGCGUGGGUCGAGAGCGGACCAGACGGAAACCAAGACGGUGAUGCAGGAGGCAGCGCCGACGAUGCUGGUGGAGAUGCAGGAGGUGGACUGAUGGAUGCGCCCAAGCCGGCGUCUUUCGCGGAGAUCUGCGAUCUCAUCGCGCAGGGCAAGCCCAUCCCGGGGAUCAAGGAGAUCCCGGAUACCGUCCUCGAAGGCCAGAAAUCUACCAGCCAGGCGGAGAGGAGGAGGAAGCCGUGGGAGAAGAACGAGGAUGCUGGCGCAGAGGAGGCGCCGAGUUGGAUGGUGUAG